AUGCUUUCUCCAAAGUCAAUAUCGAUGUUUGCUAAGUCUCAGCAAAAUAGUACCGCUUUUCCUGUAGAGAAAGAAGUACUUCGUGAUAGUCGCCGCAGUGAUGACGUAAAUAUCGGAAGUGAGCUUUAUUCUGCAUCAACCGUUUUUCUACCCCUUCCCCCCGCUACCGCAGCUUUGAAUCGAACAAGAGGUCAAAAAAGCACAGCAUUUAGGCGUAGUAGAGUUUUAGCGAAAGCGCUAAUCGAUGAAGUUGACGGUCAAGAUAAACCUCCGACGGCGCUACAUUUUGGUAGUAUCGAAGCACACUUUGUGGGUGACUAUUCACCUACAUCACCAUCAGCCGAAGGCAAGUGGACAAUUGAUUUACCAAAGUCACCGGAGCCCAAUUACGAACAGGUUUCAGAACAUAAUCUAGAAGCUAUGUGCAAUAUUAACAGUUUAGGUUGA